GCAAUCGGAAAAAAAAUAUUUAGAGUCAGAUUAGCUUGAAGGUUUACGACUAGUGUCCAUCGGACAUCGGCGACAUGGCUUCUUCGGCAACUAUCCGAUCUGAAAUCUACGACCGAGAAGAACGGAAACAGCAAUACCAAGCGCAUAUUCGUGGCCUGAAUGCUUAUGAACGUCACAAGAAGUUUCUGAAAGACUACGUUCGUUUUUAUGGGAAGGAUAAGCCAGCGGAAGUUAAGUUGCCGAUUAAAACCGAUCACGAUACACUAAGAGAAGGAUACCGGUUUAUACGUUCCGAAGAAGAUGAUUUAAACCCUUCUUGGGAGCAAAGACUGGUGAAGCGAUACUAUGAUAAGCUUUUUAAAGAAUACUGUAUAGCUGACAUGUCAAGAUACAAGACUGGUAAGAUGGGGUUAAGAUGGAGAACGGAAAAGGAAGUAAUGUCAGGGAAAGGACAGUUUAUGUGUGGCAGCAAACAGUGUGAUGAAAAGGAAGGGUUAGCGAACUAUGAGGUGAACUUUUCUUAUCAUGAAGCUGGGGAAGACAAGCAAGCCCUUGUAAAACUCGUGGUUUGUGAGAGAUGUGCGGAGAAGCUUUACUACAAAAGAAGAAAGGAUGGUGAAAAAUCAGACAGUAAAGAGAAGAAAAAGCAGAAACGAAAACGGAACCGAUCAUGCAGUGAAGAUGACACAGACGAAGAGGAGAGGAGAAAAGGGAAAACGGGUAAGUCUAAGUUGGAGCGUGGUGAUGAUAAAGAAGGCAAGGAUGAUGAAAACUUCGACGAAUUCAUGGAGGGGAUGUUUCCAGGCAAAGGAGAUAAUUAGAGUUUCAAUCAGAAGGAACUGUAAACGUUAGCAGAACCCUUUUUUACUUAAAGAAACUGGAUUAUAAUAUCUAGAAGUGAAUACAACACAGACUUAUAUUGUCUUUGACUCUUGAGCUUUUUGGGUUGAUGCCUAAGUGUAAACAACAAUAGGACUCCUCACAUUGUGUGAUCCAUCCGACCAAACCAGAGACGCAGACACAAUACCAGAAAUACCGGCAAGACUGUUGCCGGAGACUGUAACGGUAAAAGAUUUCUUCUCCCCUGAUGAGAUGAAAGAGAGUGUCUCUGGCACAACCUUGAUGUUCAGUUUAGGGUCACCAGACAAUUUUGCGUUGUAAGUGGAUCCAUUUUUCCCAACGUUCGUGACUGUUCUAGAAAAUGUGAUAUCCGAAGAGGACGAAGCUGAAACUUUGGCUGACAUUGAAGGAUAGUUGAGAUCUCUCGUGUUAAGCUUUGUUUCAGGACAAG